AUGAUUAACAUUGGUCAUGGGUGCCCCAAGCUUAGGGAACUUGACAUUAGCUAUUGCUAUGAAAUAUCUCAUGAGUCUUUGGCUUUGAUUGGAAGGCACUGUCCUAACCUCAAAAUUCUGAAAAGGAACCUGAUGAAUUGGUUGGAUCCUUCCCAACAUGUAAUUGUCCCAACUGAAUAUCUGAAUGCCUGUCCUCAAGAUGGAGAUUCAGACGCUGCUGCAAUUGGAAAAUUUAUGCCACAGUUACUGCAUCUUGAACUUCGGUUUUCCAAGUUAUCAGCCAAAGGGCUUGCUUUAAUUUCUGAGCGGUGUUUGAACCUCGAAUAUUUGGACCUAUCUGGUUGUGCAAACGUGACUAGCCGUGAUAUUGCAAAUGCCACGUCUAAUUUAAAGAAUUUGAUUAAUAUCAAGAAGCCCAAUUUCUAUAUCCCUAGGUCAGUCUUUCACACUGACAGGGUGCUCAUGAAUUUCAUCCUUCCUUUCGUAGAGUGCUCAAACCUUCAAGUUCUCUCUAUUAAGAGCAGCCCUAAUGUUACAGAUGAUUCCAUGAUUAACAUUGGUCAUGGGUGCCCCAAGCUUAGGGAACUUGACAUUAGCUAUUGCUAUGAAAUAUCUCAUGAGUCUUUGGCUUUGAUUGGAAGGCACUGUCCUAACCUCAAAAUUCUGAAAAGGAACCUGAUGAAUUGGUUGGAUCCUUCCCAACAUGUAAUUGUCCCAACUGAAUAUCUGAAUGCCUGUCCUCAAGAUGGAGAUUCAGACGCUGCUGCAAUUGGAAAAUUUAUGCCACAGUUACUGCAUCUUGAACUUCGGUUUUCCAAGUUAUCAGCCAAAGGGCUUGCUUUAAUUUCUGAGCGGUGUUUGAACCUCGAAUAUUUGGACCUAUCUGGUUGUGCAAACGUGACUAGCCGUGAUAUUGCAAAUGCCACGUCUAAUUUAAAGAAUUUGAUUAAUAUCAAGAAGCCCAAUUUCUAUAUCCCUAGGUCAGUCUUUCACACUGACAGGUAUGGCCACUGGAGGUUGUAUGAUGAGCGAUUCCAGACGGAUGUUUUCCGAAUUUGA